CCGGGCCGAGCUCCGGGCCGUGCAGCCCCGGGAGCGGGGUCGGGCCGAGCUCGGGGCCGUGGAGCCCCGGGAGCGGGCGGCAGGAGUGUGCCCUCCUGACAGUAAAGCCCACAGCGGGGGCGGGGUGGGUCGUGCCGCCCCCCCGCCAUGGUCUCCGCCGCUAAUGCCUGUUCUCUGCUGCUGCUGCGCAGGAGUCCCUGCGGAUGUAGCUCACCUGCCGCUCCAGCAGGAAGGAGGCUAAUCCCAUCGCUCGGUCAGCGGCCCCCCCGCUCGCAGGUGAGGCGGCGAGCCCUGCCCGGCCGGGCCCCGGCGGCACAGCAUGUCCGUAACAGAUCAAGCCUUUGUGACCCUUGCAACUGAUGAUGUGUACUCUCAAGGUGCUCUCGUUCUCGGACAGUCAUUGAGGAACCAUAAGACAUCCAGAAAAUUGGCAGUUCUAAUUACUCCAGAGGUUUCCAUUGGGAUGAGGUCAGUCCUCAGCAGUGUAUUUGAUGAAGUGAUUGAGGUGGAUGUGCUUGACAGCGCUGACUCAGUCCAUCUGGCUCUGAUGCAGAGGCCAGAACUGGGUGUAACCUUCACUAAACUUCGUUGUUGGACUCUUACUCAUUACAGCAAAUGUGUCUUCAUGGAUGCAGACACUUUGGUACUUUGCAAUGUUGAUGAGUUGUUUGAUCGGGAAGAGUUUUCUGCAGCUCCUGAUUCUGGCUGGCCUGACUGUUUCAAUAGCGGUGUAUUUGUGUUCCGGCCCUCCUUGAAGACUUACAACCUGCUGCUCCAGUUUGCUGCUGAACAUGGCAGCUUUGAUGGAGGUGAUCAAGGCUUGUUGAACAGCUUCUUCAGCAACUGGGCAACAGCAGAUAUUGGCAAACACUUGCCUUUCCUCUAUAACUUAAGCAGCAGCUCUGUAUACACCUAUGUUCCUGCUUUCACUCAUUUUGGUAGAGAUGCCAAAGUUGUUCACUUCAUGGGAGCAACAAAGCCCUGGAACUACAGAUACAACCUUCAAACAAAGAGAGUUAUGCAGGAUGGCUCCACCUCUGGAUCUUUUCACCAACUGUCGUUUCUUGCCCUCUGGUGGAAUAUCUACAGUGCCAGUAUAUUGCCUUUGUUGGAAAAAGGUGUUCAAAAGAUGGAAGAAUCAGAAUCUGAGGAAUGCAAGCAUGCUUUCAAUGGAGUUGAAGUUACCCUGAAGAAGGUCAGUUCUUACAUGGCCAGUUCUCUGCAAAAGCCUGAGCUCCCAGAGCAGACAAAUGAAGUAAAUCCCACAGCAUGCUCAGCUGAGGAACUCGCUUUCAAAGCUCAACCUGUGUAUGAAGUCGAACCAAGAGAUUCUAACGUCCACCUCUCUGAGCCUGACAGACCUUCAGAACAACCUGUAUUUCAACCUGCAUUUCAGGAAACCUCAGAAAUGAAUGAGGUUGCACAUUCUGUUUCAGAGCUGUCUAUUCACUUCAAACCAGCAAAACCAACUCCAGAAGAUGAACGGAGAAAAUGGGAAGAAGGGCGCAUGGACUAUAUGGGGAAAGAUGCUUUUGAACACAUAAAAAAGAAAUUGGACGCAUUUUUACACUAAGACAGGGUGUACUGUUAUGCCCAUCUUGAUAGAUUUUUUUAUAAUUCAAUUAAUGAAUACUUGGCUUAACCAGUUUAGCUGACACCAGUUAGAGGUUCUUAUGGAUCCUUAUACAUUCUUGGAGGACCUUAAAAGAUACAGAAUCUUGGUUUUUAACUGAUAAAUGUGCCUCAACUUUAUUGUUACAUGUGUCUCAUCUUCAUUGCACUCACACAGUGCCUUCUAAAGCAUAAUGAAUGGUACCUUUCUGAGUAUGAACUCUCAUGUAUUUAUCACACUUCCCUGGUGCACCAUCUGCAUUCUGCAGAAACAGUCAUGUGUAGGAAACAUGUUGGAAAUUGAAAUUGUUUUGGAAGUUGGACUUCUCCCAAAUUGAUAUUAUUCCCAAAGUACUUCCAGAAGUUGCUAUAAAGUAUUUAAAUAAAAAGAACUUAUUAUUGAAACCAAAUUUACACAAAUUUCAAGAGUGAUUGUGAUGUAGGCUUCAAUUUGGGAAAGAAGUGAUGAAAAGCUGACUUCAUAGGAGUCUGCAAUAAAACUGUUUAAUUUAAACACAUUUUAGACACAAUUAGAAGAACUUCAGAGUUCAUCUGAGAUCACUGGUGGAUGCUCUACCUACUUAUAGGAAGCUGCUCUGUUCCAUAGCAAGUGUGAGAAAGUGUGGCUUAAAACUCUUCAAAGCAGAGUGAUAAUGUAUGUUAAACUUUUAUAUUGUUGCCAUAGGAUACUGAUGCUUUUUUAAAUAUUGUAAGCUUUAGUUGCAUAUUCUGAGUUGUGUGGUCAGGAGAAGAAAUGCUGACUGCAUGGUGUAAACCUUCUGGUGCUUUUUAUAAAUUUGUUUACAGUACUUCAAACUGCAGCUGCAAAAGGCCUUCUUUGGUUUAGCAUUACUGCCCCAUACUGAAGGCAAUUUGAGUGCAACUGAAAACAAAAUUGGUACUUGUUUUAGUAAACAGGCCCUUUGAAGACCUCUUAAACAAUAGCUGUGUGUGGGAACUAAUAAAUCUCUGAGGAUAAUUCCAGAAGAAAAUCUACUGAUGAGACUGCAUUAUAUUAAGGACACUUAUGGGGGAAUGAUUUUUUUAUUUGGGUACUUGACUCAUCUCAGUGACUUUGUUUUAACAAACAAGUAAAAUACUUCUUUCAAAGUAUUUCAAAGCAAAAAACUGUUAAAUAAAGAGUCAUGACAGUUAUGCUAAUAUAAUAGUAGAUUUGACAAUUAUUUGUAACCUAGCUCAAUAUUGGAAUAAGAAUUCUGCAGUGAUGUUGCAGGACUUGAAAUAUUUUGGUUUAAAUACAUCACGAAUUUUGGCAGACAGAUGCCUAAUGAAACAUUUUGGGAAUUCUGUCUAAAAGCAAUGAUUUACAGUUACACACAGAUGCUAGCAGGAAAAAAGGAUGGCAGGAUAGGAGGGAAGAAGAAAUUUUUAUUUCUUUUCCCUUCCAUCAAAAAGGAUGAGAAUGUGGGGCAGGGAAUAAGUGCACAAAUCAGGAAAGGAAUGAAAGAAUCAAAAGGUCCCUUGAAAGAAGAAAAAAAAAACAACUUUUGAGUAUCUUUGAAUUACUUCCUAAUAUUCACAUUAAUGGAUUUGCUUUCACUUUUGUAGAAUAUUUUUGAUUUUAUCUAGUUCUCAUUUACCCUUAAACUCUUAAAUGGGGAAUCCUAUUGUUGUAUCUGUCAAAUACAAUCUUCUAGGUCAAGUUAGGUGUUUAGGGGCAGCAGAGGAGUUGAGAACAGUUCUCUCUCUGACUGACCUUGGCACCCUCUAUAGCCUGUGUUCCUGGGUAGGUGACCUUCACACAGGUGGGUGUGUUCUACCUCUUGGUGCUGUGGCCCAGUGCAGCAGUGUGGAGAUGACAGCAGCUGCAGUGUACCCUCACUCACCUGGCAUUUGAUCUUCUGAUUAUCCCUCUUUCUUAGUGAUCCUCGUGCACUGCUGAGAAAGUCCUCUGCUUCAUAAAUAUUGUGGCUAAUACAAUCCUAAUAGCUUUUGAUGACUAAAUAAAGCUGUAGUCAGCAAUGUGAACUCAUGCUUCAUGCAGCUCUGCUUUUUACAUUAACUGCUUAUUUGGUACACUGAUUAGAUUAUGUAAGAAAAAUUACUGAUGUGAAAUCAGUAACUGAAGGUUUUUAAAAAUAUGCAUAUAAAUGUAAUCAAAUAUGUGAUUGAGUACAUUUCAAACUGUUAAUAUGUACAGUGGUCCUCUGUGUGGCUUAUACAAUGUUUUGCAAAGAAUUGUAGUACAAUAAUGUAAUGGAAAUAAAAGAAAUGGAAAAGA